CCCGCCCCCUCAGCUGAACGGACCGUGUGGGAGCAACUUUUGCUUGGGAACAAAACUUCGUACAUUUCACUUACUUAUUAAGAUUUAUGUGACAUAUAAUAAACGCAUAAUUUUUUUUCUUUUAUUUUUAUUUAUUACGUACUUGAUGCGUACACAAUGACACGAGAGGAGGACCUGUUGCGGAUUGCUAAAAAGCUAGACAAGAUGGUGUCUAGAAAUAACAUGGAUGGAUCUCUUGACCUUCUGAGAGAAUUGAAAAAUUUCAACAUGACGCUGAAGCUUCUUCAGGACACAAGAAUUGGCAUGUCUGUCAAUGGAAUAAGGAAACAUUGCACAGAUGAGGAUGUUGUCAACUUGGCAAAGAUUCUUAUCAAAAACUGGAAAAAACUUUUAGAAUCAGCUCAAAACCAAAAAUCUGAAAGGCCAAAUGAGGUAAAGAAUGGUAAUUAUCCAAUGAAGCCAUCAGGAUCACCUGAGAGGACUUCUCCUGAGAGGCAGUCCAGUCCACAAAGGUCGACAACAGAAAUUAAAGCAGACUUAGACUCUAACAAGAAACUCAAUGAGAAACACAGAAGAAUAAAACGAGAUGCAGAGCUCAGGAAAGAAAGACAAGAAAGUGACCACAAAAAAGAGAAACAGUUUAUUAACAAUAAAAAGGACGGAGACAGGAAGGAUUCAUUGAACUGUGAUGUUCUCUCCUCCCCAUUGCCGCAUUUUUCUCCACCGCCCAAGUGUCCUCCAGCAGGGGAAGUGAAAAGCGAGAGGAGAGACGCUCCUGUUGAUUUUUUCCCCCCUGCUUCGAUCAGUUCCCACCCUCUAAGACGCCCAUCCACAGAUGUAAAGAAAGAUAGAAAAAACGCUCUGGGUUCUUUACAUCCUUCUCCUCCUCUUCAAUCUCAUCCUACUAAAUGUCCCUCCAUGGAAAAAAAAAAAGAGAGGAGGGACGCGCCUGAUCUUCAACUUUAUCAUCACCCUCCUCCUCCCCAUCAUCCACAUGCUCCUCCUCCUCCUCCUCCUAUUCCUAUUCCUAAGCGUUCAUCAGAGGUUAAGAAAGAAAGAAAAGAGGCGCCGAACAUUUUACCUCCCUCUGCUCUUCACCAUUCUCAGUCUCACCAUUUUCCUCCUCUUCCCAAACGUCCAUCAUUAGAUGUGCCCAAGGAAAGGACGAAAAAAGCUCCUGAUCCAAAUGCCCCUCUUCCUCUACCUUUUCAUCUACAUCCUCCUCAGAAACAAGAGAUGAAGAAAGAGAGAAAAGAAACAGAAGGUCCCAAUGCUCCUCUUCAUCCUGUUCCUCUCCAUCUUCAACCCCUUUCUCCUACAAAACAUCCUUCUUUAAACAUGAAGAAAGAAAGAAAAGACACAUCAGACUCAAAGCGACGGACCUCUGAACACAAUGAGAAAGACAGAAAAGAUACAAGAGACAGUAAACCACUCAAAAGGCCGUCAAUGAAGAUCACGAUUGAGAGAAAGGAUUCCACAGAUUCCAAUAAGCAGCCUCCUAGAAAGCCCAGCCUGGAUGGACGGAGAGACAGUAAGGACUCUACCGACUCCAAGCCAGUCCAUCACAAUUUAAAACGGCAAUCAAGUGAAACUAAAUUGGAGAGGAGAGAUUCUACUAGCUCAAAGUCUGGCAGAUCCCCUCAGGCCAUGAAAUCUGGUGAAAGCAAGAGUAAACCAGAGACCCCAAAGACACCCACAACACCUACAAGCCCUCUCUCUCCAUCGUUUAGCUCUAGUGUGGGUCCUUUAUCACCUCGCUUGCAAACUGGGGAUUCCAUCAGGGACAAAUGUAUUGAGAUGCUGGCUGCCGCACUACGUACAGAUGAUGACUACAAAGACUAUGGGGCAAACUGUGAGGUCAUGGCUGCAGAAAUCGAGGAUCAUGUCUACCAAGAGAUAAAAGCUACAGACAUGAAAUACAAAAACAGAGUCCGCAGCCGCAUCAGUAACCUGAAGGAUCCCAAGAAUCCCAAUUUGCGUAAAAAUGUCUUAGCUGGAGCCAUCGAGUUGAGCCGCAUAGCCAACAUGACUGCUGAGGAAAUGGCCAGUGAUGAGCUAAAGCAGUUGAGGAAUGUGUUGACUCAGGAGGCCAUCAGAGAACAUCAGAUGGCAAAGACUGGUGGAACCACCACAGACCUGCUUCAAUGUGGCAAAUGCAAGAAGAAAAACUGCACCUACAACCAGGUGCAAACACGGAGUGCUGAUGAACCAAUGACCACCUUUGUGCUGUGCAAUGAAUGUGGUAAUCGCUGGAAGUUCUGCUAAGUUAUGACAGAGCUCCAACAACAGUGACCACACUCAUCAGUGUCCUCAUUUUUUUAUUUUAUUUGUAAGUGAGAGUAAAAUGUGUGAUUUUUUUUUUUUUUUUUUUUUUUCCCCAAAGCAAAUUGCCCUACAUUUAUAAUAUGUAAAUUAAUUCCUGAACUUUUAUAGAGGUACACCACAUAAUAAAAGGGGGUGUGCUAUAUAUUCAUAAUUAAAAUGAAGGUUAAUUACCUAGAAAAUGUAAAUCUUCUCAAAUUCUACAUUUUACAAUAAUGUUUUAUGAAAUGCCAGAGUACAUUUAAAAAAUAAAAAUUAUUUUUAUUUUUUUUUACUUUAAUUCACUUAAACUGAUUAAUCAGUUUAUUGCACAGACAUUAACAAUCUGCAUGGGUUCAGAUCAGUUAAGAAAUAAAGGAUGAAAUGUACAUUUAAAGGAAAGACUAUAUGAAGAGAAUCUUUAUCUAUCUCUGACAGAUGUAGUAGUUCAGUAGUAAAGCUCAUAAAUAGUUUUGUAAAAAGUAUCUAAACAAAAUAUUUGUAAUUAUGAUGACAUGAUGUUUUAGAAAAAAAUAAUGCAAAAAAAAAAAUGGUACAAUUCAAACAAUAAAUGCGAUAUUGACUUGAUAUAUACAAAA